CCGGGCCGCGCUGCGGAGAGCCCUUCUUCCCUCCCUUUCGACCUUUCACCCCAAGAUGGCGGCGCCCGUCGGUCCGUUGAAGUUUUGGAAACCAGGUACAGAAGGGCCUGGUGUCAGCCUUUCUGAGGAGAGACAGAGUGCUUCUGAAAGCUCUGGUGUUUCGGUCAUCUAUAACCCCUAUAUUUCUCUUUCUAUUGAACAACAGAGGCAAAAGCUGCCAGUUUUUAAGCUUAGAAAUCACAUCCUUUAUCUGGUAGAAAACUAUCAGACACUAGUAAUUGUUGGAGAAACAGGAUGUGGGAAAAGCACUCAGAUACCUCAAUAUCUAACAGAAGCUGGCUGGGCUGCAGAAGGGCGAGUUGUGGGAAUAACACAACCACGUCGAGUUGCAUGUGUUUCAAUUGCAGGCCGGGUAGCUGAGGAAAGGGGUGCCUUGCUAGGUCAUGAAGUUGGAUACUGCAUACGAUUUGACGAUUGUACAGAUCCACAGGCUACAAGGAUCAAGUUCCUGACUGAUGGAAUGCUGGUGAGGGAAAUGAUGUCUGAUCCAUUAUUAACAAGAUACAGUGUCAUCAUGUUGGAUGAAGCUCAUGAAAGAACUCUUUACACAGAUAUUGCCAUUGGUCUGUUAAAAAAGAUUCAAAAGAAGCGAGGAGAUCUUCGCUUGAUAGUAGCAUCAGCUACCCUGGAUGCCGAGAAAUUUAGGGAUUUCUUUAACCAAAAUGAGACCAGUGACCCAAGCAAAGACACCAGCAUGAUCCUCACUGUGGAAGGACGGACAUUUCCAGUGGAUGUCUUCUACAUUCAGAGGCGCAGACUUCAGUGGAGGAGGGCUUCGGGAACCUUCCCCCGUCCCCUUCUGCACCGGCCAGCUGGAGCAGACUUCAGACGAGUGCUACGGGGACUCGGUGGAAUCUUCAUGCUUUUCCUCCCCUGGAAUCUUAGUCCUUCCCUUCCCCCUCCACAGAAGGGAUGUGGGCAAACCUGGCAGCACCUUCAUGCCCUUUCUCCUCCUCCAGAGAAGGAGAUGGACAGUCCUGUUCCAGAUUACGUGAAAUCAACUGUGGAGACAGUCAUGAAGAUUCAUCAGACUGAAGGUGAUGGGGAUGUACUGGCAUUUCUAACUGGCCAGGAGGAAGUAGAAACUGUUGUUUCAAUGCUGAUAGAGCAGGCACGCAUCCUUGCUCGAACAGGAAUGAAAAAACACCUCCGCGUUCUUCCUAUGUAUGCAGGCCUGCCUGCUUCUGAGCAGAUGAAAGUAUUUGACAGGGUGUCUCACAAUGUCAGAAAGGUGAUAGUGGCUACUAACAUUGCAGAAACAUCCAUUACAAUCAACGGCAUUUCAUUUGUGAUAGACUGUGGCUUUGUGAAGCUCCGUGCAUAUAAUCCCAAGACAGCCAUUGAAUGCCUUGUGGUUGUCCCAGUAUCAAAGGCAUCAGCUAAUCAGAGAGCAGGCCGUGCAGGCAGGAACCGCUCAGGAAAGUGCUACAGACUUUAUACAGAGGAAGACUUUGAGAAGUUGCCACAGUCCACCAUUCCUGAGAUGCAGCGUAGUAACCUUGCGCCAGUCAUCUUACAGCUCAAGGCUUUAGGAAUUGACAAUGUGCUUAGGUUUCCCUUUCUCUCACCUCCACCUGCUCAAUCAAUGGUACAAGCUCUGGAGCUACUCUAUGCAUUAGGGGGGCUUGACAAAUACUGUCGUCUCACUGAACCUCUUGGAGUUAGGAUAGCAGAGUUCCCUUUAAAUCCCAUGUUUGCCAAGAUGCUCCUAGAAUCAGGAAAUUUUGGUUGUUCCCAGGAGAUCCUGAGCAUUGCAGCGAUGAUGCAGAUCCAGAAUAUUUUUAUAAUUCCUCCAAACCAGAAGGCACAAGCCAUCAGAGAACACAGAAAAUUUGCUGUAGAGGAGGGUGACCAUCUCACUAUGCUUAAUGUCUAUGAGGCCUUUGUCAAACACAAUAAAAGUUCUCAGUGGUGUCAGGAUCAUUUUCUGAAUUACAAAGGACUUGUCAGAGCCACAACUGUGCGAGAGCAAUUGAAAAAACUUCUUGUCAAGUUCAAAGUACCAAAAAAGUCAAGCGAAGGUGAUCCAGAUCCAGUUCUAAGAUGUAUAGUUUCCGGGUUCUUUGCUAAUGCGGCCAGAUUUCACUCUACUGGAGCCUACAGGACUAUUCGCGAUGAUCAUGAACUCCAUAUCCACCCCACUUCAGUGCUGUAUGCAGAGAAGCCUCCACGUUGGGUAGUGUAUAAUGAAGUUAUACAGACCUCAAAAUAUUACAUGCGAGAUGUAACAGCCAUUGAAUCUGCCUGGCUGCUGGAACUUGCCCCUCAUUUUUACCAGCAAGGAACGGUACGGGCUCGGCAUAGACUCCAAACGCAUCUUUCUCUGAAGGCCAAACGAACUAAAGUUGAUGACCACUGACGUCCUGUUUUCAGCUUAUGAUGUUGAAAUUGCUGCUGAUUUGAAACCGUGCUACUGUCCAUCCAACAAUUAGUUGAUUAGCAACCUGACCCCCUACAUCAACUAUAAAUAUUGAAACGCCUGCCUGCCAGGAUCCUGUAGGAAUUUAUGCAUGACCAACACAUUGUAACACUGAAGUAGGCCUUGCAUUAUGGACAUUUUAUUCAACAAUCUUAAUUAUAAUGACUGCUCUUGUUCACUAAACUAAGCAGAAAAAUGAACAUUAUAAAAGGAGACAUGCACAACUAUAUGGAAUUUUGCAUAGAGCUGUAUUACACCCUUGGGGUGGAGGGGCGGGGGGAAGAUACCAUGUCCUCGGAGUGAAAAAAAUGGAGCUCAGGUUCCUUUGGACCACUGUGAAAGCUGUUGGCCAUCCUGGACCUGCCUACAAAAUGUAGGCAGAUUUGGGAUCACAAGCAGAGCCUUGCAAUACUUUAAUGGGUUGUAAUGAAAACCUUGAAACUGUGACUGUGCCUAACUGCUGUGAUUCCCCCCUCCCCCAGUUUUUCUUUGAAGCAAUAGAUUUCUAAUCUUCAAUCAAUUUCAAUUUCUUCUUUUUGUUUUCCCCCUCCUUGCAAUGACUCUGCUUUUUUUCAAGUGAACCUCUUUUCAUAAACUCAA